AAACAGUGUUUUGUUUGUUAGCUCGCCAUCAGUCCUCUACCGCUUCCCCCCUCCUCAUCUCUCUCUCUCUCCCCAUCGUUGCCACGGCAUCUCUCUCAGCACCCACCCCCAAAGGGUUUCUAGGGUUUUUAGCGCCCUGAGAUUUUGUCCAAUCUUUCGCCAUUUCUCAGAUUUGUGAUUUGCUCGCCGAAUAUUGCCCCAAUGCGUCUGUAGAAGAAGGGCGAUCAGGGAAUGGAUUUUAUAUUUGCCGCAGUGAAAUGACAUUUAGCAUGAUGUGGGGAGUUUAGUUUUAUAGGGCAUGGAACAGUCUAACUCGUGAUGUGAUAAACCUGAAAGGCUUCUCAAGGAACUGAUCAUUGUAAACUUCCUCAUUUUGGCACUUCAUUUGGAUUACGUGAACAGACUGAGUAACCCUAGAAAUGGCUUCGUCUUCCGGUACUUCUGAAAUUGUUGAAGCAAAAGACGAGCUAAUUACAGGUCAAUAUUCUCACAGAAUGCAUCGAACGAAUCCUGGAUUGAGUAGGGGUGAGAAAGAUCGGAAGCUUCCUCCUGUUCUAAAACUGGGAUACAAGGAUUCUCUAGAAGAUGAUAUUAAUAAGCUCUUUGAGGCAAUCAAAACAUCAUCCAAGGGUUCAGAUCAUUCAAAGCAAGUAGGCACUAGUCCCUUAAAUAGAAAUGCCUUAAAGAAACCAAUUUCAGUGGGUGUGUCUCGGUCACCAGGGAUUGGGAAUUCAGAACCGGCGACUCUGAAGCAGGCGUUAAGAGAGCUCUCUAUUACCAAGGCAUCAGAAAUGGCUGCUAUGAAACGGUUAUCAAAAUUGACAAGUCCUUCAAGAGCCUCGGAAUCUGGGAGGAUCAAGACGUUAUACAAUGCAGUUGUUGUUCAAUCCAGUCACUCUGGCGCCUCCUCAAGUGAAGAUAGGGGAAAUAUGGUUGAAAUCUCUCUGGUGCCAGAAGAAAGCAUUUCAAAUUCUUGCAAGGAGCUGUCAGAGCAUCCUCAAAUGUCCAAGAUGAAGUCAUCAAGCCAGAGUGGACAUUCUUCUCCUCGAUUUGCCAUUGGGAAAAUGGAAAAUAAUUCUGGGAGCACAAUAGUGCAAAAUGAAAGUACUUCCAGUUGCAAGUUAAGGACAGUAGGGAAGCAAACGGUAAAGGCGGAGCUGGGACAGAAGGAGAAAAAUAAAUCUACGAAUGACCAUAUUUCAGAACUUGCUGAAAAUGUCCCUUCCAACACCAAGUUACGGACAAAAACUAAGUCAGAGCUGGGGAAGAAAGAGAAACUUAAAUCUACAAGUGGCAAUACUUCAGGACUUGUUCAAAAUGUUCCUGCCAAGACCAAGUUAGCGAAUAAGGUAUCAGCAGCAAAACCAGGGCGAAAAGUCAAGUUGCAUGUAGUACCUUCUUCAUCUAGUUUGGUGAAUGUAAAUCCGGCAAGCAAAGUAUCCAGAAAUACCGUCCGUUCUGUAAAACAAGCCAGCAGGAAUAGGAAUAUCUUAAAUAAGAAGACAAGACAACUGGUCUGUGAGAGAUGCCAAUGUGCAAUACAAGGUGCUGGACAACAAUCCAAUCAAGGUUCUUUGUCUCCCCAGUUUAACGGUCUUACUACUGAAAUAAACUCAAGUAAUGUGCACAGCACUCCAGGUAAACCAGGCUUCACCUUGGACAACAAUAAGACUGGCAAUACAGGAGGAGCUGACAUCAUGAAAUCAAAAACGAACUCUAAAUCAAAAGAAAAAGGGGAGUUCUCCCAAAGCUCAAAAAGUAGCCAAGGUGAUCAUAGUAGUAGUACGAGUUUGAGUGACGAAAGCAAUGUAAGUGGAUCUAGUUAUAGCAAUAAACCUCACAUGUCAAAGGAUGUGAGGUGGGAGGCCAUCCGUCAUGUUCGGUUGCAGCAUGGAUCCCUGGGCUUGAGACACUUCAAUCUUUUGAAAAAGCUUGGUUGUGGAGACAUAGGAACUGUAUAUCUUGCUGAGCUCAUUAGUACGAACUGUCUUUUUGCCAUAAAGGUAAUGGACAAUGAAUUCUUGGCUAAAAGGAAGAAGAUGCCAAGGGCGCAGACCGAAAGCGAAAUACUGAGGAUGCUUGAUCAUCCUUUUCUCCCUACACUGUAUACCCAAUUUACAUCAGAUAAUCUGUCAUGUUUAGUUACGGAGUAUUGCCCAGGCGGAGAUCUUCAUGUCCUCCGACAGAAGCAAAUUGGAAGGUGUUUUUCUGAAGCAGCAACAAGAUUCUAUGUUGCGGAAAUUCUUCUUGCUUUGGAGUAUUUACACAUGCUUGGGGUAGUUUAUCGGGAUUUGAAACCAGAAAACAUUCUAGUUCGGGAAGAUGGUCAUAUCAUGCUCACAGAUUUUGACCUGUCUCUCAGGUGCGCUGUCAGUCCAACUCUAUUGAGAUCACCUUCAUGCGAUGUUGAUCGUGCAAGAGUGUCUGGUCCGCGUACACAAUCUAGCUGCGCCGAGCCCUUCUGCAUUGAACCCUCCUGUCAAGUCCCAUGCUUCAGCCCUAGGUUUUUACCUGCUGCUGCAAAAGCAAAAAGGUCCAAAAAUGACCCUGCAUCCCAUGUCAGAUCAUUGCCGCAGCUUGUGGCAGAGCCUACUGAUGCGCGGUCCAAUUCCUUUGUCGGGACCCAUGAGUACUUGGCUCCGGAGAUCAUCAAAGGAGAGGGUCAUGGAGCUGCAGUUGAUUGGUGGACGUUCGGAAUCUUCCUUUACGAGCUUCUGUACGGCAGAACACCAUUCAAAGGUAUUAACAACGAGGAAACGUUGGCCAAUGUGGUGUUGCAGAGCCUAAGGUUCCCAGAGGGCUCCCUUGUUAGCUUCCAGGCUCGAGAUCUCAUCAGAGGUCUGUUGGUAAAGGAGCCAGAGAAUCGGUUGGGAUCAGAGAAAGGAGCUGGUGAGAUCAAGCAGCACCCGUUCUUUGAGGGCCUGAAUUGGGCACUGAUACGCUGCGCCAUUCCGCCAGAACUGCCCGAGUAUUGCGAUUUUGAGAUCCCAGACAUGCCUGCUGCUCAGGAGAAUACCAAGUAUUUGGAGUUUAAGGCGACGGGAGAGCACCUGGAGUUUGAGUUAUUUUAGAGGAAAGUCACAAUUUUUAGGAGAAGAAGCUUUCUGCUUGUGCAUGUAUAAUUACCUCUUGAAAGACCUCCUCCUUUCCGGCUAUAUAUAACUUAUAAAUCCAGCUUA